UUUUGUCAUUUUUUUCAGCCGGCUCUCUGCGUAUCUUAUUUGCGUGUAAAUUGCUUACGAUGGAGCUUCUCUGCAAAGUGCAGACUUACGACUGGGGCAGUCGUGACCCCAACUGCCACGUACACCAGCUGUCCCGCAAAAAUGACCCCACCAGGGCUGCCGAAUCGAUCACAGGCGGAAAACUGGACCGACCUCACGCAGAAAUUUGGAUCGGAACCCACAUCAAUGGGCCGUCUGUCCUCAAAGAGAACGGAAAAUUGCUCUCAGAAUAUAUUACGGAAAAUCCAGAGAGUGUCGGGGAGAAGACGAAGGAGGGGUUUGGGGUGCAGCUCCCUUUCCUGUUGAAAGUUCUGUCUGUGAGCAAGCCGUUGUCCAUUCAGGCUCAUCCCCUCAAGGCACACGCAGAAGAACUGCACGCCAAGUUCCCGGACAUCUACAAAGACCCAAAUCACAAACCAGAGAUGCUGAUCACACUUUCAAAGUUCCUGAUGCUCAGAGGAUUCCGACCUGUUUCCGACAUCAAAAACUACCUUCAAUCUGUCCCAGAGUUGAGGGACGUCCUUGGUGCCGACAGCGCUGACUUCUUGGCUUCCUGCGAUUCCGAAACAGCGCAAGCAGCUUUGAAACAAGCCUAUAGGUCGCUGAUGACUGCCUCUGACGAGAAAGUUAGCCAUUGUCUUAAUCAAAUCUUGUCAAGAGUCAGCACUUUGGAUGAGGCAACUCGAGGUGCUUGUCUUGCCGAUCUGCUGGAAAAACUGCACAGUCACUUCCCAGGGGACGUGGGUUGUCUGAGCGUCUACUUCCUCCAGGACUACGAAAUGGCUCCUGGCGAGGCUGCUUUCUUGCCCGCUAACUUAAUUCAUGCUUACAUUGAGGGAGAAUGUAUCGAGUUGAUGGCUUGUUCUGACAAUGUCGUCAGAGGAGGUCUAACUCCAAAAUUGAAAGACGUCGACACCUUAUGUUCGAUGCUCGAGUACGAACCGGCCGACAAUUCCGCAAACAUGGACGUUCUCAAGCUGACUGAAAACUGCACAAAGUACAUUCCUCAUGGCAUCAAGGACUUUUCCAUCCUGAAUAUUAUGUUGAAGAAAGGGGACCCUGUCACGACUGUUGUCAGUAACGGAGGCCCGACUGUGGUUCUCUCGCUGGGCUCUGCUUUGUACUCGGUGGACAACGGCCCAAAAUUAACUCUGCAGCAAGGCCAAGCGCUCUUUAUCAAAGCCAGCCAAACCCUGAAUCUCCACCCUGAUCCUGAACAAGAGGCCAUUGCUCAAGUUGUAGUGGCGCAAUGCAACUUUUAAUUCUGUGGUCUCAAAAUCAAAUCCGGGAUGUAAACACUGCUCUUCUCAGGAUCGACCGUUCGUAGCUUGAAAUUUCUGAGCAUGGUUGAUAGAAGAGUUUUUUGUUCGAGCAUCGCAAACUUUUGCCCUGAAUAGAAAAUCGAUUGAUUAAAUUGUGAAAUUUCAAACUAAAGCAAUACCAAUGCAAUUUCUGGGUCCAGCACUGAAUGGAAUGUAGGCGUAAGGGUGUCGGCCAAGUGCAACUUCAGGCAGAAAUCUGUCCGGAUCGAAUUUUUCGGGGUUGGGGAAAACUUUUGGGUUUAGGUGAAUACUGAUUAUGUGCAUGUAAAUGCCUGUUCCCUUUGGAAAGGUGUAACCUCCUGAUUUUGAAAGUUAAUUUAAGGAGAUACUUUAAUUUUGUCCUAAAACUGACCAAAUUUGAGGUCAGUUGUGACCUGCCUUCCAAUCAUGAACACCGAGGGCCGCAGUCUCAAGGUUUCUUUGAUGACCCGUUCCAAAUACUUCAUUUGAUUUAAGUCGUUCAUUGUCGGUUUUCGGUCGUCGCCACCAAAAAUUUCAUCAAGUUCCUCCACGCAUUUUUGCUAAUUAUAUAACAAAAAUUACAAGAAAAGUUACUUUUAUAAAUUGAUGUUUUUUAACCUGGACAUCAGGGUUGCAGCCAAGGAAGUACAGCGCCCAGCUCAUAGCCAUGGCUGU